AUGACGGCAAAAGAGAAAUGGUGGCAAGCGAUUGGCUUCGCGAUGGACACAGAACAGGACGUCCUUGCGACUGACAUGCUGAAGGGGUUCAACCUGAUGUACGGAGAAGAACAUACGGGAGAGGAGAGAAGACCCCUGCCGAAGAGAGCACGUUCUCCGAUGAAAAGAAGGGAGGAAAGACCAAGGACGGAAUCUCUGAUAAUAGGAGAUGACGACGAAGGAGAAGGAGCCGAGGAACAUAGAGACAGAGAAGGUUCUGUAGAAGUAGAAAGAGGCAGGUCGACGGGAAGGACAGUGCGAGAGCAGGAGAGGGUUGUCAGACAGAAGAGAGGAGAGAAAGAGGUCGAGGAAGAAGAGCAGGAGGUAGACGGAGAAGAGCGAGAAGACGGUGCUGGACGCGGUAGAGGGAGAGGACAACCGAGGGGAAGCAUCCGAGGAGGCAGAGGAAACCAAGUGAGAGGGGGUGGUUGGUUCCAGGGAAGAGGUGCUGGAUGGUGGGCGAAGCAAAGGGGACAGAGCAACGGGGGAAGCGCAGGAACGGGAGAAGUAGUAGCUAAAGAGUGA